AGGAGCCCCGCCGCCCUCCCUGCGGCCAUGGCUACCACGGCCGAGCUCUUCGAGGAGCCUUUUGUGGCAGAUGAAUACAUUGAACGCCUGGCAUGGAGAACACCUGGAGGAGGUUCCAGAGGUGGAGAAGCUUUUGAUCCGAAAAGAUUAUUGGAAGAAUUUGUAAAUCAUAUCCAAGAAUUACAGGUAAUGGAUGAAAGGAUUCAGAGAAAGGUGGAGAAACUAGAACAGCAAUGCCAGAAGGAAGCAAAGGAGUUUGCCAAGAAAGUACAAGAGCUGCAGAAAAGCAACCAGGUUGCCUUCCAACAUUUCCAAGAACUAGAUGAGCACAUCAGCUAUGUAGCAACUAAGGUCUGUCACCUUGGCGACCAACUGGAGGGGGUAAACACGCCACGGCAACGGGCUGUGGAGGCUCAGAAGCUGAUGAAAUACUUUAAUGAGUUUCUGGAUGGAGAGCUGAAGUCUGAUGUUUUUACAAACUCUGAAAAGAUUAAAGAGGCAGCUGAUAUUAUUCAGAAACUGCAUUUGAUUGCACAAGAACUGCCUUUUGACAGGUUUUCUGAAGUAAAAUCAAAGAUAGCAAGUAAGUACCAUGAUUUAGAGUGCCAGCUAAUUCAAGAGUUUACCAGUGCACAGCGGAGAGGCGAAAUCUCCAGAAUGAGAGAAGUAGCAGCAGUUUUGCUUCAUUUUAAGGGCUAUUCCCAUUGUGUUGAUGUGUACAUAAAACAGUGUCAAGAGGGUGCAUUCCUGAGGAAUGACGUCUUUGAAGAUGCAGCUAUUCUCUGCCAGCGAGUGAAUAAGCAAGUUGGAGAAGUCUUUAGCAAUCCAGAGACUGUGCUAGCCAAACUCAUUCAAAAUAUCUUUGAAGUUAAACUUCAGAGUUAUGUGAAGGACCAGCUAGAAGAACACAGGAAAUCAGAUGCAGAACAGUAUCUUAAGAAUCUCUAUGAUCUAUAUACAAGAACUACUAAUCUGUCAAGCAAAUUGAUGGAAUUUAACUUGGGUACUGAUAAGCAGACUUUCUUGUCUAAGCUUAUCAAAUCCAUUUUCAUUUCCUACUUGGAGAAUUACAUUGAGGUGGAAAUUGGUUAUUUGAAAAGUAGGAGUGCAAUGAUUCUGCAACGGUAUUAUGAUUCAAAAAACCACCAGAAGAGGUCCAUUGGCACUGGAGGUAUUCAAGACCUGAAAGAGAGAAUAAGGCAACGUACAAACUUACCAUUGGGGCCAAGUAUUGACACACACGGAGAAACUUUUCUGUCGCAAGAAGUGGUGGUUAACCUUUUGCAAGAAACUAAACAAGCUUUUGAAAGAUGUCACAGGCUGUCUGAUCCAUCUGACUUACCGAAGAAUGCUUUCAGAAUUUUUUCUAUGCUUGUAGAGUUCUUAUGUACUGAACACAUCGAUUAUGCAUUAGAAACAGGCCUUGCUGGCAUUCCCUCUUCUGAUUCAAAGAACGCAAAUCUUUAUUUCUUGGAUGUUGUCCACCAGGCCAAUACUAUUUUCCAUUUAUUUGACAAGCAGUUCAAUGAUCAUCUGAUGCCAUUGAUCAGUUCUUCUCCUAAAUUAUCUGAAUGCCUUCAGAAGAAAAAGGAUAUCAUAGAACAAAUGGAAGUGAAGCUGGAUAUGGGCAUUGAUAGGACACUGAAUUGUAUGAUUGGACAGAUGAAGCACAUCUUGGCUGCAGAGCAAAAGAAGACAGAUUUUAAGCCAGAAGAUGAAAACAAUGUUUUGAUUCAAUAUACUAAUGCUUGUGUUAAAGUCUGUGGCUAUGUUAGAAAGCAGGUGGAAAAGAUUAGAAAUUCUAUGGAUGGUAAGAACGUGGACACAGUUUUGAUGGAGCUUGGAGUUCGUUUUCAUCGACUUAUCUAUGAACACCUACAGCAAUAUUCCUACAGUUGCAUGGGAGGCAUGUUAGCUAUUUGUGACGUGGCUGAAUAUAGGAAGUGUGCCAAAGACUUCAAGAUUGCGCUGGUGUUACAACUCUUUGAUACCUUGCAUGCACUUUGCAAUCUUCUGGUUGUAGCCCCGGAUAAUUUAAAGCAAGUUUGCUCAGGAGAACAACUUGCUAACCUGGACAAGAACAUCCUUCACUCCUUUGUUCAACUGCGUGUUGAUUAUAGGUCUGCUCGUCUUGCUCGUCACUUCAGCUGAGAGCGUGGAAAGAAGUGUAGUACCUUUGGGCAGGCCUCAGUUGUUAGAAAGCACAGGGAAUGAUUUCUUACCAAACCAUGGUUGUAACUUCUGUGGGAUAAUGACUGUUCAGAAUAAAGCAGCAGCCAUAUUUAAACAUGACUAUGUAGAAGGUGAGCAGAGAAAAAUCUGAAUGAUAUUUCAUGUAAGCUGAAGUUCUCCCAGUGAAGAAUUUUGCAACUCUUGCUACUGAUUUUUUUUUUUUAAUUGGAAACAUGUCAGUGUAGGAAAGCAAGUGGUGCAUUGAAAGUAUUUUAGUCUUCAAUAUUGAAUUAUCAGAUACCAUUUGUUAGACUUGAACUACAGAGCAUAGCGUAGGUAAUGGAUUACAUAGAAUAGACCAGUGUAAAAACAUUCUUCAUCAAUUUUAAUGACUUAGACUUCAGCACAGCUAAUCGUAAUCAAAUUAUCUUUGAUUGGUGUUUCUAAGUCAUUUCUUUCAUUUAAAACGUUAUCCUGCUCAAUGUAAUUUCUUGCUCUAAUUAAUUAGCUUGGAAUUUCUUUGAGAUGUAGGAGUAAAAGCAACACUAUCCCAGAAAGAUGUAAUUUAUUCAUUGUGUGGCAUUCUAAACAGAACUAAAGUGGUGAAAAGUUUCGGGGUGGUUUUUGGUUCUUCGGCUUUGGGGUUUUUUGUACCUAGUAGUCAAGGGCGCACCGGAACGUAUUGGCGUUGUAUGAUCUGACAUUAUUGUUUCUGUUUGAUACCAGCACACUGAAUUUUAUGUAUGCUCCUAAAGUAAAUGCAGCUGCCUUGCCUAAGGCAUUCUUAUUACAAGGUAAAGGUGCCCAUUGUUGGGUUAAUAUAAGAGAACUUUCUCCUGUCUCUUGUUUUGUAUGUAAAUAAAUUCAAGUUAUAACGAAGUGAAAGGAUAAAAUGUAGCCCAGUUUUUCAUAUGUGGGAGGAAUGGACAGCGGCUGUAGCAAAAACCUAGAGUUGAAAAUUCCUGUGCUGAAGAUAAUUGAUCCUCAGUGCCUGAGCAAUAUAAAAUGUUGAAGUGCGCAAAAGCUUCUCUUCCGCUGAUCAUAAUUUUAAUAUUGGAGACAGGCUACUCUUGUGUCUGUCAUGCUCCAGCGUUUAUUCAAGGUCUUUCUGAGAUGGAGCCAUAGUGUGCAUAUAGUGAAUUGAAGCAACAGUGAUGUUUGAAACAUCUGGGUUAGCUUUUCCACAAGCAGCUGAAAACUGUUGUAAAUAGACCUUUGUUCAGAGUGAGCUCUUGUGGAAAACAGGUUGGAACUGCUGUGGUUUGUGUCUUCAGUCUGACUUACGUCAUCCCUGAACAAAUCAUCUGUGACACUUUAUUUCUACUGUGGGCUCAGCGUAUUUUAUGGAAACUUCUUUCUCUCCCAUCUUCAGAAGAGCAUUUCUAUAAAUUUACUUUAUGGGCCAGUCAAAUAAAAUUAUUUUCCUCUUUUGUUAAUGAAUUCCCAGGUGUAGUCAAUAUUGACAGACUUAUGUGGAACUUCUCUUGGUUAGUUGAGGUUCUUCUGCUUCAUUUUAUAUUUAGCAGAGAAUUAUAUCAGUAAACAAAAGAACGGAUGCCAGACUGUCUCAGCGUAUUCGGGGAGACUGGCUGCUUUGUUGAGCUGCGUAGCUCUGUUCCUUGUCCAUGGCAAAGCCACAAAGAGUUUUGGACACUGGAGGAGGCACAUGCUUGUACUGCUGCCAUUUUUUUUUUUUUUUUCAAAAGCUCUGAUGUGAAUUCAGAUGAUACCUCUCUGUUACCUCUGUAACUGAAAGCCAACAAUUUUAAGGCUGUGGUUUUAUUAACCAAUACAAAAUCUUUCUAUGAAAAAGUGUCAAUUUGUAAACACUUCAGAACAGUGAACAUCAUCUUAAGGUUGCAGAUCACAGAAGUGCUUCAGAAUUUGUUGUAUGAUUGUUUGAAUUAUUUUAAGGUUGUAUGAAAUGUAUUUACCAUAUUUCUUGCUUUAUUAGCUGUGUUUUCCAUGCAGAUGCUCAGUGCAAUAUUUUCAUUAUGCCUGUUAACAGGAGGCAGCAAAAAGUAGGUGAAUACUUAAACUUAGAUAUGUAAACUCUUCCUCAAUAAAAAGAAUUCCCUCCAGACACUUUUUUCAUUUCAUUUCCAUGUUCUUCAAAUAUCUUUAUACGCAAUUGUAUAAGCCCUUCUAUUUAAAAAAAAAAAAAAAAAAGAAUAAAAGUAAUUUUACUGACCAAAUUUAUCACUGGUGUGAGCUUUCCCUUUCCCCUUCAUUUAAGAAACCUCCCCAUGCGCACACUGAAAGAGUUUCUGUUUCUAGAGAAGCCUACAUUGUCGGUGAGUUUACUUUACAAUACAAGUUGGAUUGGGAUGGGGUGGGGAACUAUAAUUUUCACACAUUUUUAAGUUUAGAGCUCUUAUAGCAUGUAAUUUGGGAAAAUAUUUCCAGUGGUUUCUGAAUACA